AUGCGGUACUACGAACAACGGUAUCCAGAGGUUGACGAGCUCGUCAUGGUGCAAGUGCGCCAGAUUGCCGAGAUGGGCGCGUACGUGAAGCUGCUAGAAUACGACAACAUUGAGGGAAUGAUACUGCUCUCUGAGCUUUCCCGGAGACGUAUACGUUCUAUCCAGAAGCUCAUCCGAGUCGGCAGGAACGAGGUGGUCGUGGUACUUCAUUUCAAUCCAGGAUACAUCGAUCUCUCAAAACGCCGAGUGUCGCCCGAAGAUAUCAUCAAGUGCGAAGAGCGCUACAUGAAGUCCAAGACGGUCGCGUCCAUCCUCCGCCACGUCGCGACCAAGCUGCCUUCGGGAGAUGCCAAUGGCGCGGCAGCUCCUGAACUGGACGAUAAGGAAGCGGCGGAGGCGGCGAAGGAGUCGAAGCGCGCGCGGCGAGCGAAGAGGGCGGCGGGUGAGGACGACACCGAGCCCGUUGGCCCGGAAGACCCCGUCGGUGUGGCGAACGAGGAAGAAAAACUUGAACAACUGUACGAUAAGAUCGCGUGGCCUCUAGGAAAGACAUACGGCCACCCCUAUGAUGCCUUCAAGCUCGCGCUAACCGAACAGGACACCGUGUUCUCCUCCCUCCCCGAGCCCGUCCCCGAAAGCACGCUCAAGCUACUCAUGGCGACGAUCGCGCGUCGGCUCACGCCGCAGCCGAUCAAGCUCCGGGCUGACAUCGAGCUGACAUGCUACACCCCGGCCGGUAUCGACGCGAUCAAGAAGGCUCUCAAGGCGGGCGAGAAGGUGAGCAGCCAGGCGGUACCGAUCAAGGCCAAGCUCGUCGCUCCGCCAUUGUACGUUCUCAGCACGAACGCGACGGAUAAGUUCUCGGCCGUUGACCGGUUAGAACGCGCCAUUGAGAGCAUACAGCACACGAUCGAGGACCAGGGAGGGUCGCUCGUCGUGAAGAUGAAGCCGAAAGCGGUGUCCGAGACCGAAGACCAAGACCUUGCACAGCUCAUGCAAAAGGCCGCGCUCGAAAACCAGGAGGUGUCCGGCGACGAGGAGGAGGAGGAGGGCAUAUGA